AAAGUGAAGUGAAGUAAAAUUAUGCAACUGAUCUUUCCUCAUAGAUUCCUCUCCUAUAUUGACCUCCCAUCUCUCUUAACGAACACACACAGAGAGCAAAAUAGUAAAAAUGUCAAAGGACAAAGUUUCCGGUGAUCCAAGACGUGCAGUGUGCACAGGUAUCACCAUCUUCCUCCUCUUAGCCGGCGUCACUCUCCUCGUCCUCUGGCUGGUCUACCGUCCCCACAAGCCGCGCUUCACGGUCAUCGGCGCCGCCAUCUACGGCCUCAACACCAGCACGCCGCCGCUCAUGUCAACCACCAUGCAGUUCUCCGUCCUCAUAAAGAACCCGAACAGGCGUGUCUCCAUUUACUACGACAGGUUCUCCGCCUUUGUCUCGUACAGGAACCAGGCCAUAACGCCGCAGGUUCUGCUGCCACCCCUGUACCAGGAGAAGCGCAGCUCGGUUUCGGUGUCCCCGGUGAUCGGAGGCACGCCGCUCCCGGUGUCGGUGGAGGUUUCGAACGGGUUGGCGAUGGACGAGGCUUAUGGGGUGGUGGGUCUGAGGCUGAUAUUUCAGGGCAGAGUGCGGUGGAAGGCUGGGGCCAUCAAAACUGCGCACUAUGGGCUCUACGUUAAGUGCGAUGUUUUGAUGGGUUUGAAGAAAGGGUUGGUGGGUCAAGUUCCUCUCCUCGGAGUUACACCCUGCGAUGUCGAUCUAUGAUUAUCAUUUUUAUAGGACCAUGAAGCUACUACCUCUACCUUGUUUUGUUUUGUUUCUGUCUUCAAUUCAGUGUAAUGUAAUAAUGUGCAAUUUGCUGCUACUCUUGCCCUUUUUUUUAUUCCUUUUCUAACCAGCAAUUAUAUAUAGCCAUAGGAGUUUGUAUUUUUUGUUAAGGGGUUGGUUUUUUGCAAAUUCAGUGUGUUAGAAAUGGUAAAAAGUCAAAGGAUUUCCAAGUUGCAGUGUCUAAGGUUAUGUUAUUAAUUUGAAGGAAUCAGAAUGGCAAAAGGUCUUCUUCUCUUACUUGGAAUUAUUUGGGUUGGUUCAGCAAAGGCACUGGGGUGGGGAGUCCAUGUUUGUGAGUUUGAACGCAGGGCACUUGGAGCAGCAAAGUAAGGCAUCGUCCAGAAAGUGCUAUGCUUUUCUAAAGCCAAAGGUAAGCAUAAGUUAUAUCGCAUUUUCACCCCAUUUUUAAUAUAUUUACAAGGGAAAGAAGCUGUAACUUAUUUGUAGGCAGUAUGGGAAUGGAAUAAUCGAAUUUGGCUUUA